AUGCAGGGGGAUAGUCUGCUCCACCAGAUGCCUGAGCACGGAGUAGGUGGAGACAUUGCCAAUCCAGUGGUACUCUGGCCUGGCCACGGCCACGGCCACCCGCUUCUCAUGCAGCAGCUGAAUGCCCUUCACACGGUGCAAGAAGUGACUCGGGCCACCGGGGUGAACCAGCUGGGUGGGCACUUUGUGAAUGGCUGCCCCCUCCCCAUCUCCAAGAGGAAGGAAAUUGUCGAGUUGGCCUCAUGUGGACUGCGGGCCUCGGACAUUUCACGCCACCUGAAGGUUUCCAACGGGUGCGUCAGCAAGAUUCUCACUCGCUACCACCAGAGUGGAGUGAUCCAGCCAAAGAUCAUGGGCGGCAGCCAGCCACGCAUGUCCACGCCACAGGUGGUGGCCCGGAUUGUGCAGCUAAAGCAAGCGCAGCCGUCCAUCUUUGCCUGUGAGAUCAGAAGGAAGCUGAAGGCAGAGGGGGUCUGUGCUGCCAACAGGGUGCCCAGUGUAUCUUCCAUCAACCGCAUCCUGAGGGGUCCGGAAAGGGACAUGGCUUUCCCAGGCCAACCUGCUUGCCUGGCUGCCCUUCUGCCGUCAGGGCCCUCCUUGCUGGGGACAGGAGGCACCAAGGCCUUAUUAGAGGCUCCAAAGCCCCCACCUAUCCAAGGCCUGCCGGAGGGAGCCAAGAGCCGGGGGAGCAGUAGGAACAGAACGGCCUUUUCCAAGCAGCAACGGGAGGCCUUGGAGGAAGAAUUCCUGAGAGGGCAGUACCCAGGGAUGGCGACAUGGGAGAAGCUCUCGGCUGUGACUCAGCUGCCCAGUGCCACCAUCCGUGUCUGGUUCUCAAAUCGGAGAGCAAGAUGGCGACGGGAGACUCUGAAAUCUCAGCUCCCUGGCUGCCCUGCACAGCCCCAGGUGCCCAGGCCCGCCCCAGGCUUUGAAGGUGGGGGGAACUGAGCAACACCCCUGGAGAGGGAGGGGACAAGCACCUGGGCUGCAGGCUGCUGCCAGCCAAAGGCGGUCACUGCCUCUUUGCCAACUGACCAGGGAGCGACUGUGCAAGGGUCCUUCUCUUUCUCCGUCUCCACCCCAGGAGCCUCCUUUGCACCAGCAGCCCAUGGCUGGGCUCCAGUUCCUUCAGCUGUCCACAGGAGCACUGCUGCCCUCUUUGAGCAGGUAGGCAGAGGCUUCACAGUGUGCUUGCUUGAUGCCUGCGCCAU